UGCCCGGCGGUGGGCAUGUCUCGUGCGGGGCCCGGGGCGCUGGUGGGGGGUGCGGGGGGGUACGGGGGGCAGGGCACGGCCCGCGUGGUGGUGUGGGAGUGGAGGAACGAGCACGGGCGCUGGAGACCCUACAGUGCCGCCACGUGCCACCACAUCGAGAACGUUCUCAAGGAGAACCCGCGCGGAACUGUGCUGCUCGGACACGUGGAACCGCAGCUGGCACCCUACGUCAUCGACCUGCAGAACAUGCAUCAGUUCCGCCAGGACACCGGCACCAUGCGUCCGGUGCAGCGGAACUUCUACGAGCCGUCGUCGGCCCCGGGGAAGGGCGUGGUGUGGGAGUGGGAGAGCGACUCUGGCGCGUGGACGCCGUACGACAUGGAGCUGAGCGUCAGCGUGCAGCACGCCUACGAGAAGCAGCACCCCUGGCUGGACCUCACCUCGCUGGGCUUCCCGUACCUGCUGGACUUCAGCGCCAUGCUGCAGACCAAUCGGCAGAGCCAGCGAUGCCGCCGCCUGCGUCGCCGCAUGGACCUGGCGUACCCGCUCAUCGCCGGGGCGAUCCCCAAGUCCCAGUCAUGGCCGGUUGGGGGUGGGGGGGGUAGGGGUGGGGGGGGCGGUGGGGGCGGGCCCUGCUGCUCCUGCGCUCAGUGCUUAUUGGUCAACAGCACGCGGGCGGCGUCCAAUGCCAUCCUGGCGUCCCAGAGGAGGGGCGUGGGCAAGGGCGGGACGGGGGCGGUUCCGGGGGCGACGGUGAGACAGAGCAACACGUUCGGAGGGACGACGGCGACGACAUGGUCAUCAGGGACGACGGUCGCCGUGGGCAACCUGAGCAAUAACAUCUCAGUAGGAGGAGGAGGGAAAGGGGACAGUGUGAGCGCUGGGUUCAGCUGCUCACAGGCCACACACACACACACACACACGCACACACACUCGCACACACACACACACACACACGCUCUCACCAUCAACGGCCAGAACAACCUCAACCGACCCGGCACACAGCGCAUUGCUAUGGCAACCAACCGAGGAGCCAUCCCACCAGGAGUCCCUGCUCUCCCAGUGAAGAAUCUAACAGGAUCUGGACCUGUACAUCCAGCACUGGCAGGUAUGACGGGCAUCCUGAUGUGUGCGGCAGGGCUUCCUGUGUGUCUGACCCGCGCCCCCAAACCCGUCCUGCACCCCCCACACGUCAACAAGAGCGACCUGAAGCCCGUCCCAGGGGUCAGCGGCAUCCGCCGCAAGACCAAGAAGAAGCACCUCAGGAGAGGCAAAAAUCCAGAGGACGUUGUUCGCAGAUACACGGAAAAGAUCAAAUCCGCUCCUGAUGAGGACUGCACCAUCUGCAUGGAGAGGCUAGUCACAUCCUCCGGCUAUGAAGGCCUGCUGAGCCAGAAGGGCAUUAAGCCAGAGCUGGUGGGCAAGCUUGGCAAGUGUGGCCACGUGUACCAUCUGCUCUGCCUGGUGGCCAUGUACAACAACGGCAACAAGGACGGCAGUCUCCAGUGCCCCACAUGCAAGGCCAUCUACGGGGAGAAGACCGGCACUCAGCCCCCCGGGAAGAUGGAGUACCACGUCAUCCCUCACUCACUUCCAGGCUACGCCGAGGUCAAGACCAUACGCAUCGUUUACGACAUCCCUGCAGGCAUUCAGACCCCAGAGCAUCCUAAUCCAGGUAAGAAGUUCAGCGCAAGAGGGUUCCCACGCCACUGCUAUCUCCCCGACAACGACAAAGGACGGAAGGUGCUGAAGCUGCUGAUCAUGGCGUGGGACCGGCGGCUCAUCUUCACCAUCGGCACGUCCAGCACGACCGGAGAGUCGGACACGGUGGUGUGGAACGAGGUCCACCACAAGACGGAGUUCGGCUCCAACCUCACUGGCCACGGCUACCCCGACCCCAACUACCUGGACAACGUGCUGACCGAGCUCUCCGCUCAGGGCGUCUCCCACGACAACCUGAAGGAAUGAGGCCCGUGACACGCAGGACGUCUCCCACGACAACCUGAAGGAAUGAGGCCCGUGAGCCUGUGCAGGACACUUCACACGCAGCACACUGACCCUGAUGGACAUGAGUAGGCACACACACUCUCAUAAAGAGUGGCGCCCUCUGCUGCUGUGGAGGGGUCUUGUCUGUUUGUCUAAAAUAACAUGCCCCCCCCCCCCCUCCUCACAAUGAGCUUGACCUCAGAGGGGGGUCAAGAGGAGGUGAGAGACCUUUGACCUUUGAACACCACCGAUUGCUGUGGGUUGCCAGGAGACUGCUGAGGAUUCUGAGCACCAGACACACACACACACACACACAUACACACAUGUACACACAAACAAACCCCACACACAAAUGCCUACACACGCUCAUACACAGAGGUGUGAGGGGAAUGAAAUCAUGUGAGAACCCUGUGAUCAAAGAUGUCUCGACACAAGUUUUGUACGAUUUCCAGUUUGCAUUGACCCCGGACCCCUGCCAUGACCCCUCUCACAAAGAGUGGCGCCCAGUUUGCAUUGUUAGCCAAUCACACUUUCAUCACAGUGACCUGCUCUGGAUGACCCCUGCCAUGACCCCUGAUCCCUGCCAUGACCCCUGACUCUGCCAUGACCCCUGACAUGACCAGUCAGUGAUGGUACAUGACCCAAUGGGUCUAACUGUGUGACUUUAAGGGCAUUUUCAGAAGACGUGUGUUAAGGAAAGUUUCAGAAGACGUUAAUAUGUCAGAAAGAUUGGAAACAUGGAUGUGGACUGAAAAGGCUCCUCACUUUUAAGGGUUAGCCUUUAAAGCUGUCUGAUCCAGCUGUGUCACUUUUAAGGGUUAGCCUUUAAAGCUAUCUGAUCCAGCUGUGUUAGUUUGUCUGAAGUCAACACAGCUUUGGGUUGGGUUGGGUCAGGUUGCUGAUCAACACAGCAUUGGGUUGGGUAGGGUUGCUGAUCUACAGUGAAUGCCUGUGUGGCUGAGGCUAAAGCAGUGGCUCAUGGACUCUACUUAUUUACACUGACAUGAUAGCACAGAAGAUUUGACGUGUUUAAAGUGUGGUUUGGAUGCCAACACACACAGACCUGUGACGCUUGUUGUGUUGAAGGGCUUUGCUGUGUUUUUAUGGGCUUUAGGGGAUGAAAAGGGUUUGUAUUUUUGAACAGAAAAUGUGAGUGUUUGUGUUUGUGGAGUUUCUCUGUUUAAGGAUGAAGACGGCAACUGAUUUGAUCCCUUUCUCUUAGAUCUGCCCGUCUGGGUUUGUUAAGACUGGGUUAGGGUUAGACACACACACACACACACACACACAACUGAUUUGAUCCCUUUUCUCUUAGAUCUGCCCGUCUGGGUUUGUUAAGACUGGGUUAGGGUUAGACACACACACACACACACACACACAACUGAUUUGAUCCCUUUUCUCUUAGAUCUGCCCGUCUGGGUUUGUUAAGACUGGGUUAGGGUUAGACACACACACAACUGAUUUGAUCCCUUUUCUCUUAGAUCUGCCCGUCUGGGUUUGUUAACACAAAAUGACGGCUGAUUGGCCAGCUGAUCCAAAUGGGAUACGGCUUUAGUGUUUCAGAACACACAUACACACACACACCAUACACACACCCACACACACACACACACACCCCCACACACACUCUCUAAUGGAAUAGUAUGGCUUUAGUAGGUUUCAAAACACACCCACACACACACACACUCUCUCUAAUGGAAUAGUAUGGCUUUAGUAGGUUUCAAAACACACACACACACACUCUAAUGGAGUAGUACGGCUUUAGUGGGUUUCAGAGGAAGAGAUGGCCUGUGCUCUUAUUUUGUGGCAGUGGCUUUGGAGAAGAGGUCUUUUAAAAAUGCUGUUCUGAACGAACGUCAGCCUCGAUCCCAGUCUUCCACCACCCCAGCAGUGCAGAGCUAGGGUUAGCUAGCUAAUGCUAACCCAGCCUCUUCCACCACCCCAGCAGUGCAGAGCUAGGGUUAGCUAGCUAAUGCUAACCCAGCCUCUUCCACCACCCCAGCAGUGCAGAGCUAGGGUUAGCUAACUAAUGCUAACCCAGCCUCUUCCACCACCCCAGCAGCGCAGAGCUUCCCUCUUACAAACCGCAGGUUUGAUCCGGUUGUCUUGAAAUGUACUCUACAGUAUCAGCAGUUUUUUAUUUAAACAUUUGUAAAGUGUCUUGUAUUGCUUCAAUAUAAAGAUCUAUAUAUAAAUAUAUAUUAUGUAUAAAUAUAUACAGACAUAUAUACGCAUACAUUAACAAGUGUGAUUUAACUUUGAAAACUGUUUGAAUGACAAAGUGUAAGCGUAAUUUAUUUUUUAUACUUCCUCGUGAUACAAUUGUGACCACAUAGACACACACACACACACACACAAACAUAUACAUACACAAACAACCACUCAGACGCAUUUACAAAUAAUACGCAAACCAAUAACACUCUCCUAUGCACAUGUCAAUAUGAUAAAACUUUUAUUAUUUUUAAUCUGGUAAUAUAAAAGAUUAAAAAAAAAUGAAAUUGCCAGCAAAAUGUGGUCAGGGACUGUUGAAAUAGAUAUGUAUGUCAUGUGAAUGUGAAUGAUUGUCUUCUAUAUUCCACAGUGUAGACUUAGUGUUGGCUGCUGUCUCUACUUGUCUCUGUAGAAGCUGCAUCGUUUAUUUUGGAACCAAGGAGGUAAAAGAUGGAACUGUGAAAGUGUCCACCUCAUUGUGAUGUCACGCUAGGGGCGAGCCAAUGGGAAAGCGUAUACAGCAUGGCAGAGCUGCACUCCGCAACUGCCCUCAUUGUGUUAUGAGAGGAACAGACAAAAGAAAACACAAAUGGUCACAGACCUUUCCAGAAUUUCAGGAAAAUCCCUUAAAAUUGGCAGUCGCUCCUUGUGUCCAAAGAUAAAUGAAUUAAAUACAUUAUGGAUUGCAAUGAUAUGAAGAGAAUACUUGUGUUAAAACAUUAGUCAACUAUUUUAAUGCAUAGUCAUGUUAUGAGUCAUGUUAUGAAUGGCUGGUUUACCUGUUUAUACGGUUUAUGUACAAACAUAGGGUGAAGGCGUUGGCGGGAGAAUGUGCGUCCGGUCAUAAUUGUGUUGGAAAUGGCUGUGGCUUAUGGACCCCGCCCCUCUGGUCCGACCAAUCAGGACUGUGGCUUAUGGACCCGCCCCCUGGUCCGACCAAUCAGGGCUGUGGUUUAUGGACCCCGCCCCCUGGUCCGACCAAUCAGGGCUGUGUGUUUUGCUUACAAACUUCUUUAUUGAUCAGGGAUGGUGUGUUUGUGUGUAUGUCACGAGUGAACUUCUUUCCUUAAAUGCAUUAAGAACUAGCUCUGUUGUAAGUUUGGCACGUCUGUGUCCCACAUACCUUUAACAUAGAGGCCAAGCGCUCUGGCACUUUUUAGACAGGGCGACCCUUUAAACGCAUGAAAACUAUUUAAAGACAAGAAAGCACCUGCUUGGGGUGAAGUGUGUGUCUUUGUGCUGUAUCCUGAUGGCUCGGUAGGAAUUUGUUUGUGUUUUGGGUAAAGUGUGUGUGGGUUUGUCCUGAUAGCUCCAUCUGCGUUUUUGAAACGGAGGACAGACAGGGGUCACGGGUGCUGAGGCGUUGAUCCUUCUGCAUCAGGAGCGCGUGGACAAGCGCGCUCAGCAGCAGAUGCUCACGUCUGUGUGCAGUGGAGCGUUUGGCUUGAAGGUGUAAAGUAGGUUCAGAUCCUUGUAUCUGUGAUUUUAAAAGUGAGCCUCUUUUUUGAAGAAGUCUUUUGUCUUAUGAGGCCAUGGUCUUAUGAGGCUUGGAUUGAAUUUCAUGUAGUCUUCUGUCUUAUGAGGCUUGAAUUGAAUUUCAUGUAGUUGAUCCCCAUGGGGAUCAAUAAAGUAUCUAUCUAUCUAUCAUCUAUCUAGUCUUCUGUCUUAUGAGGCUUGAAUUGAAUUUCUUUUGCUUCAGUUCUGGAUACUGCAGAGCCACGGAGAGGGAUAGUGUCAUGUAGCUGAUGUCUGGAGCUAUUUGAUUCUCAUGACUUUAUUUUUCUAAGAUUGUUUCAUUUUGGUUUUAAUACCAAUAUCAAUGAAUGUCUUUACGAUGAGAGGAAAGCAACGCCUUGCUGUUUUUCCUCGUUUUAUUCCGUCCUCUUGUUUCCCCUGUUAAACAUGGUCAUUGAGCUGACUUGCCGCAGGCAGACGCCAUCUUGUGAUGUCACAGGCCCCCCACCAUGUUCUCUCUUUAGUAGAGGAAAUCAGUCAAUCAAAUUGCAACAAGUGUUAGUGACUGGUUAAGGUAAAGGAGAGGGUGAACUUUUUUUAAUGGUGUAUGAAAAGCAAUGGCAACAAUAUGCUACAAUUUAGAAUCAUUGUUGGAUGAGACAAUACUCAAAGGGCUUAUUAUGAAUACCUGUCUUAACUUAACUGUUAUGACCUUGUUGCAUGUCUGUGUCAUUGUUCCCUGUGGAAUAAAUGCCCCUACCUGCAGGGGGCGCUUGGUUUGG